AUGCAAGAACUUGAGGAUGAUGCACACGACUCAGUUGUUAGUGAGGAUGAAACAGAAAGCAAAAUAGAUAAAGAAGCAGUAGGUGAAGAUCUAAGCACCAAACAACCUAAAAAAGAAGAUAAAAAACAUGGUGAGAAAACAAGCAAUGCGAAAGACGCUACUUCAACUCCAAUUCCAAUACCUCAACCUCCUCCACCUUUUCCGCAAAGAUUGAAAAACAAGGCCAAAAAUGGAAAGUUUAUUAAGUUUAUUUCCAUGUUGAAACAACUUUUGGUGAAUGUUUAUUUGAUAGAGGCACUUGAACAAAUGUCGGGAUAUGCAAAGUUUAUGAAGUAUCUUGUAAUAAAAAAGGAAACGAUAAGCUUUGAACCAGCCGAUAACUUACAUUGUUGUAGUGCAAUCACCACUCAUACAUUCCUGCAAAAGAAAGAAGACCCAGGUGCAUUCACCAUACCAUGUACCAUAGAGGAAAGAUUGGGUGUUGAUGCUCUAGCUGCUGUCAUCAUAAAUAUUGAUAAAGAUCAUAUCGGAGAGUAUGAUGAGAUAGUUUGUGCACUAAAUGGCCUUGGGACUUUCAAUCACGCACCAAAGAGACAACUUAGACUUAAAGAAUAG